AUGGAUUAUAUGUCAUUCAACGAGACUUUCAGUAAGGAUAUCGUCGAAGAAAGCAGUGUUUUUGAUUCCAUGAACGACUGUCAAGGUUUUGAUUAUGGUGGUGAAAAUGCAACCGCAGUUAAUAAUGAAACAAUAGAAGAUCAAUGCAAUUAUUCAAUGAGGAAUGAAGAUGGUUGUAACGAUCGUAACGAAACAUUAAGUGAGCACAACGACGGAGGAGUUGUAGAUUUUGUCGAUAUUGGCGUUGCAUCGUUGAGCAAUGAAGCUGAAGGUUUCAUAACUGAUUUGAUUGCACGUUGGAAAGAUGGAACAAAGACAAAUUCUUUACUGUUAUUGACCAACUAUUAUCGAUCUGAUGGCAUGGGGGAAACGAACGAUGGGUCGAAAUGUUGGUUUCCCAAUGUAAACGCAGAAUAUAAGCCGAAGGUGGGUGAUGGAUUUGAGACCGUAGAAUCGGCUGAGAAAAUGUACCGAAAGUAUGCUAAUGAAGCUGGGUUUGAUGUACGUUUAUCCAACAAGAAGAUAAAUAAUAAGGGUCGUAUCACGUCUCGAUUUUAUGUGUGUAGUAAAGAAGGAAGGCCACCAAGUAAGUAUUUUGAUUCCUUAGAUGUUCUUCUAGGUGAUCAUAGGAUCCAUAAUUCAAAUGUAAAGCAUUCCGAUUGUGAAGCAUGUUUCAAGAUUCAUUUUGUAAAAGAACAGAGACAGUAUGAAGUUUACAAAUUUAUUGAGCAACACAAUCACAUGCUUUUUAAUAAGGAGGAGAUGAGGUUUUCACGUUCUAAAAGGCAACUACACUACGCUUAUCACAAAAAUGUAUUUCAUGGUUCUAGUUCGAAGGUUGGUGUCACCAAAUUUCAUAGAUUUAGGAAAGCAAUUACAGGUGGUGUAUAUUGCUCGGGUGGCACUGUAAGAGAUCAUGAAAACUUCAAACGCGAUGUGGCUUAUUUUGUUGACAAUAAAGACGCGCAAAUGUUGUUAAAUAUGAUGUCUAAUAGGAGGAAGGUGUGUCCCGAGUUUUUUUUCGAGUACAAGUGUGAUGAUAAGGAGUUGUUAGCGAUUUUCUGGGCUGAUGAAACUGCACGAUCGAAUUAUAGGGAAUUUGGUGAUGCAAUAUCAUUUGAUGCAACGUUUCGGACGAAUAAGCAUGCCAUGAUAUUUGUUUCGUUUGUUGCAAUUGAUAAUCAUAAGAAAUCUGUCAUUGUAGGAGCUGCUUUGAUUCACAAUGAAUCUGUGGUUGAUUACACUUGGAUCAGUAAUAACCUCCAACAUCGUACGCCGUUUGUUAGUGAAUUUAAUAAGUUAGUGUGGAAUGUUCACCUUGGCCCUGAUGAAUUUGAGAUGAAAUGGCUCAACAUGAUGGAUUUGUAUGGAUUACGUGGAGACUCAUGGUUUGAUGAACUGUAUGAGAUUAGGGAGUCAUGGAUUCCGGCUUAUUAUAAUGAUUAUCAUAUGUCCGGUCUAAUGAAAACAACAUCCAGGUCGGAGAGUGUGAAUGCUUUUUUUAAUGUUUAUGCAUAUUUUUGGCACGAUCUUGUCAUUUUUCUUCGUUCUUUUGAUAAUGCAAUUGAAAGCCAACGGACGACACAUGGGUCGCUAGAGGUGACAACGAAGAGCACGGUUCCUCGAUUGGUGUCUCCUUGCAAAUUAGAAGCUCAUGCAGCAGAAAUAUAUACACAGACGAUAUUUUUUGAAGUUCAGAAAGAGUUAAGAAAGGCUGUCUGGCUUUGUGGAUGGGAUGGAUUCACUGACAUUGGUGAAACCCGAGUGUACACCAUAACACACAAGAACAAAGCUUCAAAGAUCACCACAAAGUACACGGUUGUCAAGAACAAGAUUGAAAACUCUUAUGAUUGCUCAUGUAAUUGUUUUGUUCGUAACGGGAUUUUAUGUCGUCACGCUCUUAAGGUAAUGUUAAAUGACGAGGUUGAUAGAAUUCCAGAUAAGUAUAUACUUCAUUGUUGGAAACGUGAUCUAGUCCCGGUGGAGUGGUUACCAGCACGUUUCAGAUAUGGGGAAGUUGACACUGAUAAGGAGAGGUUGAUGAGUGUUGCUUAUUCGUAUUUUGAACGUAUUCUAGGUCGAGUGCGAAAUGAGAAACAUAUUUUGUCAAAAUUUGUUGACCAACUUCAAGAAUGGGAUACAAAGAUUGAUAGUGAACUUCCUAUACAGUCACACGCUCAAGAGACAACAACAUCUAUUAAAGAGUUUCUUGGAGUAUCUCAACCCGAAAAUAUUGAUGUUCUACCUCCAACCGGCAUACGAAAGCAAUUACGUCUUCAAAUGGCAAAAAGAAGAAGAGAAAGUUUGAACAAAGUGCUUAUUUGA